CCCACCCCCUCUGGGGAGGCCUAGUCCCCAGUCCCUCUCUGCUCUCCUCAGGACUCCACCGCUAGAAAAGUUGCUGUUUCAGGGAUCAUCUUGCCUACCUCCCGCCUGUUUACAUCUUCUGUGGUCACAGGCUCCUUCACUUAUGGGGCCUGCCUGGGCCCAGGCCCACUUGACAGGUAAUCUCUGGCUGCCUCUGCUCUGGCUACUCCUGUCCCCAGGCUGCUGCUCCCGUGCCCUCCCAGGAUGGCGCUUCACUUCCUCUGAAGUCGUGAUCCCCAGGAAGGUGUCCCACAGGGUGGGUGGAAUGGAGAGACAAGGCCACCUCUCCUAUAAGAUUCACUUCAGGGGGCAAAGACAUGUGGUUCACAUGAAAGUUAAGAAGAACCUGCUGCCCAGACAUUUUCCUGUGAUCACCGAUAACGAUCAGGGUGCCAUGCAGGAGGACUACCCUUUUGUCCCCCGAGACUGCUACUACUACAGCUACCUGGAAGGGGUCCCUGGGUCCAUGGGCACGCUGGACACCUGCAAUGGGGGUCUGCGUGGCAUGCUGCAGGUCGAUGACUUCACGUAUGAAAUAAAACCGCUGGAGGCUUCUUCCACAUUUGAGCACGUGGUUUCCCUGCUUGUGACAGAAGGAAGAUCAUCAGAGGCUCAAAAGUGUAAGAUUGGAGAGCAAGAUACAGAUCAAGCAUAUGAGGAGGCAAUGCUUGCUGGAACUCCUAGAGCAGGCCCAGUGUAUUUGUGGCAGUCACAUAGGAAAUUUUUAAAAAUUCACUACACAAUUUCUCACUCUUUAUAUUUGAUGAGGCCUAAUAUAACACAGGCAAUAGAGGGUGUGGUAAUGAUAAACAGCAUACUUCACACAAUUUACCAACAAUCUCUUAUAAAUGUCUAUGUACGUCUUUUGUGCAUAUGGAAUGAUCGGGAUCAUGUAGAAAUAACAAAGAAAAAAUCAGCAUAUUCUGCUGUAGAAGACUUUGGCUUGUGGAAAUAUUAUGGAUUUUUCUCUAAGAUUGAACAUGAUACUUCCCUACUUCUUACAGGACAUAAGAUUGUAGGAAGUAUAUACUUUGCCCACCAUGGUGGAACAUGCAACCCCAACUGGGGAGCAAUGUUUGUGUAUGUAGCAAAUUAUCACAUAUUCUUGGCUGGGGGUAUUUCAGCACACACCUUAGGUCACAGCUUAAACCUUGUCCAUGAUGUAUUUGGUUGUAAAUGUUUUAGAAGAAGCCACUGUGUCAUGACUGAACAGCCUGGUUUAAUGGAUAUGUUGAGUAAUUGUUCUUAUGACAGCCUGCACCGUCGAGUUAGUGGAUGGGAUCCUUGUAUGAGCAUACCAAAUGUACCAUACACCAAUUUUCCUUAUGUAGCUCCUCGUUGUGGUGACAAGAUUAGAAAUCAGUUGGAAGAAUGUGACUGUGGCUCCCUUAAAGACUGCAAUGACAAUAAAUGUUGUGAGACCAAUUGUGCCUUUUCCCUUGGGAGUGACUGCAGCGAAGGAUCCUGUUGCGUUAACUGCAAAUAUGCUCAACCUGGACUGCUUUGCAGGGACAUACUCGGUAUUUGUGAUCUCCCAGAAUACUGUGAUGGGACAUCGCAUAAUUGUCCUAAUGACGUUUACACCCAGGAUGGAACCCCAUGUUCAACGUUAGCUGUCUGUGUGAGAGGAAACUGUACUGAUCGUGAUAUGCAGUGUCAAUCCCUUUUUGGCUAUGGAAUAAAAGAUGCUGCACCAGCAUGCUAUGAAAAACUGAACGUAUUAGGUGAUCGAUUUGGGAACUGUGGGGUGAGGGUGGUACGAGGAGGAGGAAAACCUGUUAGAUGUGAAGAAGAUGAUGUUCUUUGUGGAAUGCUGCACUGUCGUGAUGUUGAAGAAAUUCCUGGUGGAGGUGACCAUGUUACAUUUCGUCACAUAGUAGUAACAGGCAUCACUGGUGCCUCUCAUCACUUAGAAGAUAUAAAAGAGGAGGAUGAAGAACAAAAAUGACCUAGACGCAAGUGAAUACUAACUGGAUGUGCCAGAUGACGAAAAUCAUAUUGGUAGGACCAGGAGAAAUGAUCAAGAAUCACUCUGAUAAUUACAUAGUCCUUUAGACACUCUGAGGUUGUCAUCUUAAAAUAAAACGAGUUGGCCAUUUAACAUGAGGUCGUCUCUUUUAAUAUAUGUAACAUUUCCUUUCUAGCCAUAUUGUUACUAUUCCUACCGGGGAUAGUAGAGGACUCUUAGAUUCAUUAGCAAGAGACCAGUAGUACUCUUGUUAGGAUGUGGAAUCCAGCGUUUCACAAAUGAUUGGGUAGCAGACCUUGUUUGCAUGGGUAUGCAUCAGAUUUAACAAGUUUUUGGACCAUCUCCCAAUUGGCCAUAUACUAGAUUUCUGUUAUUUGUUCAUUUUACUGCUCCUGUUAAACAAAUGGCACUUAAAGUGACAGUUGGAAGAUAUGGUAGGAUGGUAAGAACUUUUCCGUCAAGGCACAUGGGUGCCAACAGAUCUACCUACCGCCUGCCAAGUACGGGCUCCUGGACAAAGCCUCAGGCCGUGAGUUUCAAGGUCCAUGUUACAUUGGGAGAUGCAAUGCACUUUGCCAGGAUUUUGUGGUGAUCAGAGGAAAGCACCCAAGAAAGGCCUGGAACACGUUAGGCACUUAAUAUAUGCCAUUAUUCCCGCUAUUCUCAUUAUUCCUUUUGGGCUAUGCUAAACCUGAGGUAUUCCAGCAGAAUGAGCUUGGCA